GCAGCAGAUCCAAGGUUGCGAUGCUCGCUACAAACAGGAUGACCACUGGAUCAUCUUUUCUUGCGAGCGGGCCAAGGUCUGAGUAUUUCAAUCCCCCUCGACCGACUCUUGCCGGAUCCGAACACCAUCGUUCGAGCCGCGUACCAGAAAGUCAAGCAGCGCCAUCUGAUUUCUUCCUUCGUGGCGGAUUCAUCCCGAAGACCCCGUUCAGACGGGUGAGGGACGUGGUGACAUGCUUUUGGGAAGCCUUCGAGCAAUCUCCAGAUCCUACGCCGGGUUUCCAGCGUGCAAAGUUUGUCCGGAUAUCAGAUUCGAGCAAAAAUUAG